CGCUUUUCGGAGGUUGCGCUUUUGUAGGGAAUUGGGAAGACGAGUGGUCGGGGGACGCGCAGACUUCCCGGUGCGGGCGGGGCAGGACCAGGACGCCCGCCUCGGGACUCCAUGGUGAAGGGGAAGAAGAGAUAGGUACUAGGAAACAGUCUUCUUGAAGAGGUCAUUUAUCCAGCAAGAGAAACAACACAUUGUGAAACGGAGAAGGAAACCAUCAACAUAGAAAUUGAACUGCAGAUUGGUGCUAAGUGUUCCAUCAUUUUUAGGUCUGGGAAAAGCCAUGCAGGGUUAAAGUGCCUUUUGGAAACCCAGACAAGAGGCUGUCCUUGCAGGGCUGACGUGAUAGCUCGAGGUGGAUUUCAUUUGCAUUUUGCUGAUCUUUUAAGAUGCAGGCCUCCAGCUCCAGGUCUGUGCACCUCAGUGAAUGGCAGAAGAAUUACUUUGCAGUCACAUAUGGCAGCUGUACUCCUGAGCAGAAGGCAGACGCAUACCGAGCACAGAUCCUCCGCAUUCAGUAUGCAUGGGCGAACGCUGAGAUCUCCCAACCCUGUGCUGCCAGGCUGUUCAAGAAAUAUGCAGAGAAGUACUCUGCAGUCAUCGAUUCUGACAAUGUUGAAACAGGUCUGAAUAACUAUGCAGAAAGUGUUUUAACUUUAGCAAGAUCUCAGCAAACUGACAGUGACAAGUGGCUGUCGGGACUGUCAAUAAAUAAUAUCUUCAAAAUGAGCCGUGUGCAGGGAAUGAUGCAAGCUGGCCAGAAAUCCAGAGAUGCUCUCCUGGCAUCUGCUGAUAUCUCGCUUAUGAUUCAUAAAGAGGCUGUCAACUCCGAUGUCCCUAAAGGUAACGUUUGUGGUGGUGAUUCUGGGAGAAGUGGCUCAUUAAUUAACACAGCUCAUGGUAUCACUAAGACCCCAGACUUAACAGAGAGCGGUUAUUCUAUGUUUCCUCAAAAAAUCCAGCCACCUGUGGUAACUGACACCACCAUAACACGUCCCACAUCCUCAGUGCCUUUUGGUGAAGCAGCCACUGCAAAAUUCCACACCACGCCACUAUUUGGAAAUGUCAGAAAGGAAAAUAGCAGCUCUCCAAAAGCCAGCACAGGACUAAAUAUGUUCUCACCUAAUCAGAGUGGUUUUCCUUUUGGCUGUGAAAAUCUUCAAGAGAGAAAAACGUUGUAUAAUUUCCGCACCAUCGACACACUUGCUACCCCACUGCAGCCUAAAGUUCCUAGUAAAUCAGAAGGGAAUGGCCCCAGGGAGGAGAGCAGCCUCCCUACUUUCAAGACUGCAAAGGAACAGCUAUGGGUCGACCAGCAGAAGAAGAACCACCAACCCCAGCGUGUAGCCGCCUCAUCAUACGGUGGUGUAAAAAAGUCUCUGGGAGCGAGUAGGUCCCGAGGAAUAUUUGGAAAGUUUGUGCCUCCUAUACCUAAGCAAAACGGGGGAGACCAGACCGGGGGGGUGCAGCUUAAGUCUGAUGGUACAGGACCCACAGAACCAGCCCAUCCAGUUGAUGAACGUCUGAAGAGCUUGGAGCCAAAGAUGAUUGAACUUAUUAUGAAUGAGAUAAUGGACCAUGGGCCACCUGUGAAUUGGGAAGAUAUCGCAGGAGUAGAAUUCGCCAAAGCCACAAUCAAGGAGAUAGUUGUGUGGCCCAUGCUGAGGCCAGACAUCUUCACGGGUUUGCGAGGGCCCCCGAAAGGGAUUCUGCUCUUUGGUCCUCCCGGGACUGGGAAGACCCUGAUUGGGAAAUGCAUUGCCAGUCAGUCUGGUGCCACCUUCUUCAGCAUCUCUGCUUCCUCCUUAACAUCUAAAUGGGUUGGCGAGGGUGAGAAAAUGGUCCGGGCCUUGUUUGCUGUUGCGAGGUGUCAGCAGCCGGCUGUGAUAUUUAUUGAUGAGAUCGACUCCCUCCUGUCGCAGCGUGCAGAUGGUGAGCAUGAAUCUUCGAGAAGGAUAAAGACUGAAUUUUUAGUUCAGUUAGACGGAGCCACCACAUCUUCUGAAGACCGGAUUCUAGUCGUGGGCGCGACCAACCGGCCACAAGAAAUUGACGAGGCUGCCCGGAGGCGGCUGGUGAAAAGGCUUUACAUCCCUCUCCCAGAAGCACCCGCCAGGAAGCAGAUAGUGACUAACCUGAUGGCCAGGGAGCAGUGUUGCCUCCAGGAGAAGGAGCUCGAGCUGGUGGUGCAGCGGUCCCAUGGCUUCUCAGGAGCGGACAUGACCCAGCUGUGCAGAGAGGCCUCCCUGGGCCCCAUCCGCAGUCUGCAGGCUGCCGACAUCACCACCAUAACGCCAGAUCAGGUCCGGCCAAUCGCCUACAUUGACUUUGAAAAUGCUUUCAGAACCGUGCGUCCCAGUGUAUCUCCAAAAGAUUUAGAACUCUAUGAAAACUGGAAUAAGACUUUUGGUUGUGGAAAGUAACCAGGACACCUGAAGUUACAAAAUGACACCUCUGUAUUUACGAUCUUUUAUAUAUAAAAAAGCUUUUAUCAUAGCAAACAAUUCAGUAGUUCUUUGUGUAUAUUCUGAAUUCUACACCUCUUAUAAAGGAGAAUAACAAAAGCUCAAGUUUUAUAACUGACAGCCUAUGUUAACAUAAGCUUGAUUUUUUCCUCUGAUUGCUGUCUGGUGUGUAAAUCUAUUCAUGCAAAAUAAGAAUGAGGCUUUGUUUUGUUGUUUUCUAAGAGGUCUUCAAGAUGUUUAACACAAAUAGUGAGCUCAGAUACUCAGAUAGAAACUUUAAAACUUAGAUUGAGAUAUCUUUGUAUAUUCAUAGUAUUCAUUAUGAGUUUUUUUUUUUUAAUCAGCUAUGAUAAUCUUAGAUUGAAUUUUUUCCCAUUGUUUGAGAAGUGAACACUUUAGCUUGGGUUUUUAGACUUUGAAAGAUUGAAUUCGUUUUUGGAAAUAACCACAUUUCAAGAGUAUCUCUCAUAUAUUCUGACAUGCAUUCCUUGGGAACUUCUAUCCCAAUUUCUGAUCUUCUUUCAUAUUCUUUUGAAAAUCUCUGUUCAUCGAACCA